UGUCCUGGAGAGCAGGUGCGGGUUUUCCAGCCAGCGCAGGCCAGAGUCCCGUCCUGAGUCACCUCCGCCCUGAUGUCUGCAGAGGCAGCUGCAUCCAUGUGUGACCUGGAGUUCGGUGGCGUCAAGGUGAAGGAGCCCAGCGAGGGGGGCAGGUGGCGUGGGUGCUGGUACGAGCGGUUUGUGCAGCCCUGCCUGGUUGAACUGCUGGGCUCUGCCCUGUUCAUCUUCAUCGGCUGCCUGUCGGUCAUCGAGAACGGGACCGACACUGGGCUGCUGCAGCCGGCACUGGCCCAUGGGCUGGCCCUGGGCUUGGUCAUCGCCACGCUGGGGAGUAUCAGUGGUGGACACUUCAACCCUGCGGUGUCCCUGGCAGCCAUGCUGGUCGGAGGCCUCCACCUGAUGAUGCUCCUUCCCUACUGGAUCUCCCAGCUGUGUGGGGGGCUGAUUGGGGCUGCCUUGGCCAAGGCGGUGAGUUCUGAGGAGAGGUUCUGGAACGCGUCUGGGGCAGCCUUCGUGACAGUCCAGGAGCCCAGGCAGGUGACGGGGGCAGUGGUGGCAGAGAUCAUCCUGACGACACUGCUGGCACUGGCUGUAUGCAUGGGCACCAUAAACGAGAAGACGCAGGGUCCUCUGGCCCCAUUCUCCAUCGGCUUCUCUGUCACCGUGGACAUCCUAGCAGGGGGAGCUGUGUCUGGAGCCUGCAUGAAUCCUGCCCGUGCCUUUGGACCGGCUGUGGUGGCCAACCAUUGGGACUUCCACUGGAUCUACUGGCUGGGCCCGCUCCUGGCCAGCCUGCUUGUAGGAGUGCUCAUCAGGUUCUUCAUUGGAGAUGGGAAAACCCGCCUAAUACUUAAGAGGCGGUGA